AUGGAAUUGGUGUGUACGGUUUUAGUAUCGCCUGUUGGUGAAACGUGCCCUUCACGUGGAGCAUCGACAUCUGGUGUCGCUGGUUCAGGAAUGCCGGCUCCAGAUGAUCGCGGCCGAUCGUCGGCCCAUUACAAAUUGCACGGACGUGGCGGCUCACAACGAACGCUAUCACCAGCUCAUCCACAUGCUGCGCCAUGUGCCCUGGAUGACAUGCUUCGACCGGCCAAAUUCGAUUACAUUCUCAGUUCACAGCAUCUGAUCGAUCGACCAACACAAGAAAUGCACGCAUGGAAUCCUGACGAUCGGUAA